AUGGAGAUGAAACGGCUCAGCCUCUCCCUGGUGCUGGUCCUCUUCCUCGUCCUGGCCUUGCAGAUCUUGUCGGCCGUCGAUUUUGACCCGUAUCGGAUCCUGGGCGUCAGCAGGACUGCGAGCCAGGCGGAUAUUAAGAAAGCCUACAAGAAACUCGCCCGGGAGUGGCAUCCGGACAAGAACAAGGACCCGGGAGCGGAGGAUAAGUUCAUACAAAUCAGCAAAGCCUACGAGAUCCUGUCCAACGAGGAGAAGCGGUUGAAUUUUGACCGCUACGGCGACGUGGGUGAGAACCAGGGCUUCCCGCACCAGCAGCACCAGCAGCCGCACCGCCACUCGCACCCCUUCCACGAGAGCUUCUACUUCGACGAGUCCUUCUUCCACUUCCCCUUCAACUCGGAGCACCACCACGACUCCACCGACGAGAAGUACCUGCUGCACUUCUCCCACUACGUCAACGAGGUGGUGCCCGAGAGCUUCCGCCGGCCUUUCCUCAUCAAGAUCACCUCCGACUGGUGCUUCAGCUGCGUCCACAUCGAGCCCGUCUGGAAGGAGGUGGUGCAGGAGCUGGAAGCCCUGGGUGUGGGGAUCGGCGUCAUCCACGCGGGCUACGAGCGGCGCCUGGCCCAGCACCUGGGCGCGCACAGCACCCCGUCCAUCCUGGGCCUGAUCAACGGGAAGGUCACCUUCUUCCACAACGCAGUGGUCCGGGAGAACCUCCGGCAGUUUGUGGAGAGCCUGCUUCCUGGGGCCCUGGUGGAGAAGAUUACGGACAAGAACUACGUCCACUUCCUGUCCAACUGGGAGAAGGAGAACAAGCCCCAUGUCCUGCUCUUUGACCACUUGCCCCUGGCGCCCCUACUCUACAAGCUCACCGCCUUCGCGUACAGAGACUACCUGUCCUUCGGGUACGUCUGUGUGGGGCUCCGGGGCACCGAGGAGCUUUCCCGGCAGUACAACAUCAACGUCUACACGCCCACCAUGAUGGUCUUCAAGGAGCAGGUGGAGAAGCCGGCCGACGUCAUCCAGGCCCGCCACAUGAAAAAGCAGCUGAUCGACGACUUCCUGUCCCAGAACAAAUUCCUCCUGGCCACCCGCCUGACCAGCCAGAAGCUCUUCCAGGAAUUGUGUCCCGUGAAGAAGUCUCACCGCCAGCACAAGUACUGCGUGGUCCUGCUCACGGGCGAGGGGGAGAAGUACGCGGAGAGCUACCAGGCCUUCCUGGCCUUCGCCGUGGCCAACACGAAGGAGACCCUGCGGUUUGUGCAUAUCUACGGCGACUACCAGCAGGAGUUUGCCCGCACUCUGCUCCAGGGCGACCUCUGGUCCCAGGCCAAGUCGGCUGUGCUGAUCCUCGAGAGGCGCAACAACGCCGGGCGGGUGGUGUACCGGGCCCUGGAGGAGCCCUGGGCGGGCACCCAGGAGGACACCUUCACCCUGCUGGACUUCCUGGACCAGCUGAGGAUGGACGCCUCCUUCCUCUCCGCCCAGGCUGUCCUGGCGGACCUGACGGACGAGCUGGCGCCUGUUUUCUUCCUCCGGUGGGCCUACUCCGCCCUGGAGUACGGGGUGGACUGCUGGGAGAGCCUCUUCCGCAGCAACUGGCGGGAGAUGAUGCCUUUGCUGUCCCUGAUCUUCUCGGCGCUUUUCAUCCUCUUCGGGACGGUGAUCGUGCAGGCCUUCAGCGAUUCGAGUGACGAGAGGGAUUUGCCUCCCCCCAAGAAGGAGGAGCCUCCCCCCAAGAGCGAGAGGAGCGACAUGAGCUUCGCCAAAGAGGACAGUUCCAGGAUUCCCAAAAAGUACUCGGUGAAAGUGACGGAGCUGACGGACAUCACCUACACCAGCAACCUGGUGCGGCUCAGGCCCGGCCACAUCAACGUGGUCCUGAUCCUCUCCGGCGCCACCAAGACUCCCCUGCUGCAGAGGUUCGCCCAGGAGGUCUUCACCUUCACCGGGAGCGGCUGCCUCCAUUUCUCCUUCCUGAGCCUGGACAAGCACCGGGAGUGGCUGGAGUACGUGCUGGAGUUUGCGCAGGACGCGGCCCCCAUCCCCAACCAGUACGACAGGCACUUCCUGGAGCGCGACUACGCCGGCUACGUCCUGGCCCUGAACGGCCACAAGAAGUACUUCUGCCUCUUCCGGCCCCCCCAGCCCGAGGAGGGCGACGGCAGCCGCCCGGGCCCCGGUGAGGACGAGGCCGCCGACCCGGCAGACGCCUGGGGCAGGCCCUCCUCGGCGUGGGGGCCCCGGGGCCUGAAGGGCAAGCUGCACCGGCUGUCCUUCUGGAUGGAGCGGCUGCUGGAGGGGUCCUUGCAGAGAUUUUAUCUCCCCUCCUGGCCUGCCCUGGACUGA